GUAAUUUAGCAGUAGCGCGCCAACUACCGGUCAGGGCGCACGUGUUUUGCGCAGUUAAAAAUACCUCGUGGCCGGUCGUCAUUUAAAUAUCAUUAAAAUGACACGUCUACCUCACAUAACAGCGGUGCUGGCAGUGGUGGCGCUGUCCUCCAGCAGCAUUGUCAAAUCACCAACAGACGGACAAAACUUCGAGCUGCUCAUACUGCACAACAACGACAUGCAUGCGCGCUUCGAACAGACGUCACAACUCAGUGGCGCAUGCACCACCGCGGACAGAGAAGCUGGGAAGUGCUAUGGAGGGUUCCCGAGGGUUGCUCACGUAGUAAAAGAGGCAAGAAAAGCGGCCGCAUCGGGCGAAGGCCCCCCGGUCCUAUACCUGAACGCGGGGGACACUUACACGGGGACCGCCUGGUUCACUAUCUAUAAAUGGAAGGUUGCCGCGGAGUUCCUCAACGCAUUGCAACCUGACGCUGUUUCUCUGGGAAGCAAUGAACUGGAAACUGGCUCCACCGAACUAACACCUUUUCUACAAAAUUUGGAUACAACAGUAUUAGCUAAUAAUGUUAUUAUUCAUACUAAGGAAGCAAAACGAAUUAUACAAAAGUCUGUUGUGAAAGAUAUUCAAGGAGUCAAAGUGGGUAUUGUGGGAUACGUUACUCCAGAUAAGAUAACUUUAGAUAGAGACGGCACAGUAGAAUAUAUAGAUGAAGUGAUAGCUUUGAAUGAAGAAGUUGCCAAACUUAAAGCUAAUGAUAUUGAAAUUAUCAUUGCUCUAGGCCAUUCUGAGCUAACAAAAGCUAUUGAAAUAGCAACUGAAGUGGACGGCAUAGAUUUAGUUAUUAACGGUCAAAAAAAUUUGUUUUUCUCGAAUGGAUCAAACGCUGAAGAAACUUUGAUUGAGCCAAUUGUCGUAGUACAAAAAGCUUCAAAGCGCGUACCCGUCGUACAAUCUUUUGCAUAUAACAAACACCUUGGAAAAAUUCGUGCCGUAUUUAAUCCCGCUGGGGUAUUAACCGAUUAUGAGGUUGAUCCAAUACUGCUUGACGAGACAAUCAAUCAAAACGUUGAAAUAUCUGACAUCAUUCAAAGGCAUAGCAGAGAUGUUUCUGUAUCUACUCCAAUCGGCAGUAGUGUAGUAUAUCUUGUAGGUGAUUCAUGUAGAAUAGAAGAAUGUAACUUAGGCAACUUGGUUGCAGAUUCUAUAGUUUAUUAUUACGCAACCAGAUAUCAAAGUGAACGAUGGACUGAUGUACCUGUAGCGAUUUUAAGUGGAAGCAGUUUUGCUGGCAAUAUAAGACCACUUGUGCGCCCUAUAACAAUUACUAGGCACGAUCUACUAAAUACAAUACCAGAGUCAUCUAAUUUAGUAGUCGUAACAAUGAGUGGUGCUGUGCUAAAAGAAGUCCUUGAACAUAAUGUUGGUGAAUAUAGUCGUAACGUUCCUAGAGACAGUUUUCUUCAAUUUUCUGGGAUAAGAGUAUCGUAUGACUUUGCGAAGGAACGUGGAUCGAGAGUAACAAAUGCCGUCGUACGCUGCUGGGAUUGUUCAAUUCCUGACUUCUUUGCUAUAAAUGAUACAACCAGUUACAAAAUAUUAAUGCCGUCAACACUUGCGAAUGGAGCUAAUGGAUUUUCAAUGUUAUCUGACUUGCCCAGGGUAGAGCUGGAAUAUGACGCGAUAACUUGUACUGAAGAAUAUAUUAAAAAGAGAAGUCCGGUGUAUCCCGAAAUUGCGGACCGUGUUUCCUUGGGAAAUCAUGAAUUCGACAAUGGCGUCUCCGGACUAACACCGUUCAUAAGAAAUUUGUCAUGUCCUACGUUGGCUGCCAAUCUCAUCCUGACUUCAGAACCUACUUUGCAAGCUGAGAAAAAUUUAAUGAAUUCAGUUGUAUUUAACAUUAACGGUACUCAAAUUGGCAUAAUUGGAUACCUGACACCAGAAACUAAAAUAUUAGCAAUAGGAAAUAACGUAGAUUAUAUAGAUGAAAUUAUUGCAAUUCGAGAAGAACUAAAUAAGUUAAAAAACGAAGGCGUUCAAAUAUUUAUUGCUCUAGGACAUUCUGGAUAUCUAAAAGAUUUAGAAAUUGCCGAGAAAGUAGACGGUAUUGACCUUGUAAUCGGUGGUCACACGAAUACUUUUUUGUGGAACGGUGAAACAAUCGAUUCUGAGACACCACUAGGUCCAUACCCAACGUUAGUAAAGCAAAAAUCAGGAAGGCAGGUUCCAGUAGUACAAGCUUAUGCUUACACUAAAUAUUUAGGCAAACUACACCUAUUAUUCAAUUCUCGUGGAGAAAUUGUGAGAUUGGAUGGGAACCCAAUUCUUUUAGAUAAAUCGGUACCACAAGAUCCAAGUGUACUGUCCAUAGUUGAGAGAUAUCGUGAGAAUAUAAUUAAAAUAUCAGAAGUAGUUGUAGGUACAUCAUCUACGGUUUUAGAUGGUCUAUCAUGUCGCAUACAAGAAUGCAAUUUAGGUAAUUUGAUAGCCGAUGCAAUGAUUGACAAAUAUGCUUCGGAAUACUUUGGUGAGGGUUGGACAGAUACGCCAAUUGCCGUCAUACAGGGUGGUGGAAUUCGAACAUCGAUUAGCCAUGUUGAUCAACGUUUCAAUAUUUCAAAGGGGGAUCUUUACAGUGUCAUGCCUUUUGACGGCAAUCUUGUAAAAGUAACCAUAAAUGGAAUAAAGAUCUUAAAAAUGCUGGAACACUCCGUCUCUAGCUACAAUAUUAUAAGUGCACCUGGUCAAUUUCUACAAGUAUCAGGUUUAAAAGUAGAAUACGAUUUCAAGAAGCCACCUGGAGCAAGAGUCGUAAACGUGCUAGUCCGCUGUGGAAAAUGUCAAAUUCCUACUUACGGCCCUUUAAACAAAACUGGCGACUAUAAUAUCUUAACAAAUGGAUUUAUGGCGAAUGGAGGCGAUGGAUUCAAUUCACUUGGAAACCACGAAUUUGACCAAGGCGUCAACGGAUUAUCUCCAUUCAUAGAAAAUUUAACUUGUCCCGUUUUAGCAGCUAAUCUUAUAUUAACAAAAGUACCUGAACUAGAAAAAGAAGCUAACCUAAGAAAAUCUGUAAUAUUUAAUAUCUCAAGCACAUCAAUCGGUGUGAUAGGAUACUUAACCCCUGAAACAAAAACUUUGGUCGCCAAAAACGAUGUUGAAUAUGUAGAUGAAAUCAUCGCACUAAAAGAGGAAGUCCAAAAACUGAAAAGUGAAGGAGUUCAUAUAAUAAUAGGUCUCGGACACUCCGGCUUUUUGAGAGAUUUAGAAAUUGCAAAAGCAGUUGAUGGCUUGAAUCUUGUUAUCGGUGGACAUUCGAACACCUUCCUCUGGAACGGCUCAAGUCCGGAUUCUGAAAAAUCUUUAGGACCCUAUCCUACGUACGUCACGCAACCAUCUGGGAAAAAAGUUCCUGUAGUGCAAGCGUACGCCUAUACCAAAUAUCUUGGUAAACUCCACAUGGUAUUUAAUAAGGAUUCAGAUUUAUUAAGCGCUGAUGGAAUUCCUAUAUUAUUGGACAACACCAUUCCUCAAGAUCCUGAAGUGUUAGAUAUUGUAGAAAAGUAUAGGGCUCAAAUUCUCAACUAUACUGACGAAGUAGUUGGUACUACGUCAGUUGUUUUAGAAGGACUUAGUUGUCAACAUAAAGAAUGCAAUAUGGGAAAUUUAAUAACAGACGCAAUGGUAUCCUGUUAUGCUAAUGAAUACAAAAGUAAUAAUCACUGGACGGAUGCACCCAUAGCAGUUCUUCAAGGCGGUGGUAUACGAUCAUCAAUAGCACAUGAUGAAACACCCGCAGAAAUUACCAAGGGUGACUUAAUUGCGGUAUUGCCCUUUGACGGAGAUCUUACUAUUGUAACUAUGAGCGGUGAGGUUCUAAUGCUAAUGUUGGAACAUUCGUCUCUUGGAAACCACGAAUUUGAUGAAGAGGUAGAAGGAUUGGUACCUUUCAUAAGAAACCUGACAAGUCCUAUUGUGACGGCUAAUCUUAUAGUAAACAAUGUACCUGAACUAGAAAAUAUACCUAAUUUAUACAAUUCACUAGUAAUAACAAAGAAUGGAGUUAAAAUAGGUAUCAUAGGUUAUUUAACACCAGAGACUAAAUAUCUUGCACCCAAAAACAAUGUUGAGUACGAAGAUGAAAUUGUAGCUCUUAAUAGAGAAGUCAAAAGAUUAAAAGAUCUUCGAAUACAAAUUUUAAUAGCCCUCGGUCAUUCAGGUUUCGUAAAAGAUUUGGAAAUCGCUGAAAAAGUUGACGAUAUAGAUUUAGUGAUAGGUGGUCACUCAAACACUUUUCUAGUUAACAGCAAUUACACAGAUGAAAAACCUGAAUACCCUCAAGGUCCUUAUCCAGCUCUAGUAAAACAAAAAUCAGGACGAAUCGUUCCGGUGGUACAAGCUUAUGCAUACACAAAAUAUCUUGGAAAAUUGCAUCUAAUUUUUGAUGGCAAAGGUGAAAUCGUCAAGUUUAGCGGAAACCCGAUUUUAUUAAAUAAUGAUGUGCCAGAAGAUCCAGAGUUAUUAGAAAUUGUUAAAAGAUAUCAAAAGGACGUUGAUCAGAUAAACAACAAAGUUGUUGGUAGUUCUGUUGUAUUACUUGACGGAGAUUCAUGCCGGCUUAGAGAAUGCAAUAUGGGCAACUUUCUUAACGACGCCAUCAUCGAUUAUACGAAAACCUAUUUCAAUAAUAGUUCGCAGUUUUACAUAUCUAUUAUCCAAGGAGGCAGAAUAAGGAUAUCAUUAAACCACGCUGAAAAACCAUUCCUUAUCACAAGAGGUGAUUUGAUGACUAUUGUACCUUAUUCCGAUACACUAUGUGUAUUAACAAUGAACGGAAUAGUACUUAGACAAGCUUUGGAGCAUUCAGUUAAAGGUUGGCGAAAAAUCGACACUCCAGGCCAAUUCUUGCAGUAUUCAGGUGUGGAAGUAGUAUAUGAUUUAGCACAAAAGGCAGGUUCACGUAUAGUAAAAGCGAAAGCCAUUUGUACUAAAUGUUCAGAGCUAAGCGAUCUGCAAGAUGAUUAUGAGUAUAAAGUAAUUACAUCUAUUUUCAUAGCAGAUGGAGGAGACGGUUAUACAAUGUUUGAGAAACUUCCAAGAGAAGUGUUGCCUUAUAACGAAGUCGAAAGUGCUUUAAAUUACUUAGUAAAACAAAGUCCGAUACAUCCAGUAUUGUCAGAUAGAAUAAUUAUUCUAAAUGAAGAUAAAGUUACAAUCAUUCCAAGUGCGCGUCAAAACCCUGCACCAUCAGUAGCGAAUCAGUUAAAUGCUAAAUUAUAUUAUUUGUUGUUGACUUUUGGACUUGUAUAUUACUGUUUUUGCUAAAUUAGAAGUGAUGUGAAGCUGAUUUUUUAAUGGUUGAUCUCCCAGAAUGAAAUGAUGAUUAAAUUUUGACAAUAUAAUCGACUUAUAGUAAGGUAUUGAUUUUUUUGGUGUUGGUGCGCGGUGGUAGAACAAUGACUAAUGACGGGAUUAUUUAAUUUUAUUUAUACGUAACCACAAAAUACAUAAUAGUAGUAACUAUGGGCAAAUCACUGCCACACAAGAUCACCCACUAAAAAACCAUCCUGUAAACUAUCUUCCUUGUCCAGACAUAUUAAGGUUUGGGUGUUCAUCAGUGUGCCUAGUGGCAGUUUUCAAUGUUUUCAUUCGCUUAAAUUCCUUACAAAUUCGCGUUUACGGUUACGCGACAGUCACCGUAUGAAAACAUUGAAAACUGCCACUAGGCACUAAAACUGUAAUAAAAACAAGUAGGUACGGUAUUAAGGACUAGGAACGUCGUCUACAGAACAUUGAAUAACUUUUAGGUAAGCUAGCGUUCAAGCGACCUCGCCCAGAUUUUAUUGCAGUGUGCUCUACUUUUUUAGCUAAAUACGUAUUAAAUUUAAAAAUAAAUAGGUAAUUAUUUUAAUUUUUAAUUCGUUGCACACACACAAAUUAUACACACUGUUCCUAUACACUUUUACACUGUUUAAAUGUGGGUAUAAAGAAUUUGACUUUAUGUAGCUAUUUAGAUAUUUAAGUUACAGUUCUAGAGUCUGUUCUGAAUAGGUACCUCCACCCGACCCUUUCAUGUCUAAACACUUCCAUAUGUCGAGACAGGAGAAUGACAAAACGUCAACCAAUAUCGACGGACCCGAAAUGUAGCUCUCUCUAUCUCUCGUAGCGUUAGGACGAAAGAGAAAGUGAUACUUCAUUUUCGUCGCUAUUGGUCGACAAAUAGGGGUGUUUUUAUUACACUAGAUAAUAAUUAUGUCGUAGACGAAUGGCAUGUGCUAUGAAGAACUGACUGAUUUUUUAUACUAUGUAUACUGUAUAACCUACUGAAACUUUCACCUUCUGUUUUGAUAAGGUGAAAGUUUCAAGCCUGAAUUAAGUAUAAUUCAAUUCACAGACGUUGGUUAACAGGGCGGGUGAUCCACCGAAGGCCUCACAUAUCAUCCAGGAUAUUUUUUUUUAAACCACCAAUGUCGUUAUUGUUCGAAGAGGCGACCAAUUGGGCUGUUAUUAUUAUUUUAUAGAGUGGCAACACUGUCGCUGUAGGUACAGUUCGAGUUUGCUAUAUCACAGAACACUAAUAUUCCUAACGGAGGCUAGUAUAUUCAAAAACUUUAGUUAAGUCAGGCUUCAUUGCUCAUCCCAUAGGCAUUUACAUUUUUCAUGAACAAAAUAAAUUAUACAUUAAGUUUUUUAUAUUAUAUUGUUAUUUUAUGUCCCGUAUUUUCGAUACUUAUUUAAAGGUAAUUUAGAUUUUGAAACUUUUAACAUUUUGAUUUGAUGUUGAUGCAUUCCUGUUUUUGUUAAAAUGCUUUUUUUAGACAUAAUAGUUAAAAGUUUGGCUAUGUUUUUUUAGACAUACGAGUUUGGCUAAUGAAAGUACACUGAAAUCGCAAAUAGUUUCAUUCAUUCACAUUUUAAAAAAUUACAGUGCAAUUAUUGUAAUAACUCACGUUUUGCAUUUUAAUUUUUUUUAUAGCUAGUGAAAAAAAAUGCACACAACUGAAAAGUUGGAGGUACAUGUCCCGGACCGGAUUCGAACCUACGCCCUCCAGAAUCGGAGGCAGAGGUCAUAUCCACUGGGCUAUCACGGUUGUGUGCAUUUUAAGAAAUUAAAUAUCACGUGCCUCAAACGGUGAAGGAAAACAUCGUGAGGAAACCUGCAUACCAGAGAAUUUCUUAAUUAUCUGCGUGUGUGAAGUCUGCCAAUCCGCAUUGGGCCAGCGUGGUGGACUAUUGGCCUAACCCCUCUCAUUCUGAGAGGAGACUCGAGCUCAGCAGUGAGCCGUAUAUGGGUUGAUAACGUAUAGCUAGUGAUACUUUUACACGUAGGUUGAGGCAAACAUUAGCAGAUUUUUCAGUGAUAAUUUAUAUGAGAGGUUAAAAUGCUUCGUAACGUAACGCGUUACGGCGUCACUCUGUCUGGCUUCCCUUUCUCACACAUAAUUACGGCAGCAGUCAUGCUCAUGCGUCCUGAGACGCACAUGAUUUUUAUUUACCUUCAGUAGCCAAACUCUACGAAUGUGAUUUAAAUAAAACUCAAAUUGUCACGAUUGU